CACAACAUAAUAAUAAUAUGAGUAAAUGAAAACAGAAGCAUAAUAAUGACGUAAGUGAUGAUGCAAUAAAGGUUGCUCAUUUAAUAUACCUACCCUCUCAAGAUCCUACUUUUGUCUCUGAUUUCAUCAUAACCAGUCAUGCUUCUUGAGCUCAGCUGAUUCUCCAGACAUAAAAAAGAAAUGUCAGGACCUCAAUGCUGUGAUAACUCACCAACACUUAACCCAGCUGCCGGUUCUGGCCACGUUCAGAAACUGGCUGGACUCGAUUCCUAUGUCACUGGCUCUUCUCACUCAAACCGUGCCGUAAUUCUUGUCUCUGAUGUUUUUGGAUAUGAAGCUCCAAACUUGAGGAAGCUUGCAGAUAAGGUUGCAGCUGAUGGAUUCUAUGUUGUAGUUCCUGACUUCUUAUAUGGAGAUCCUUAUGCCCCUGAGAAACCCAUACAAGCUUGGCUAAACGAUCAUGGAACGGAUAAGAGUUUUGAAGAUGCGAAAUCAGUGGUGGAAGCCCUGAAGGGUAAAGGUGUAUCUGCAAUUGGUGCUGCAGGCUUCUGUUGGGGCGCUAAGGUGGUGGUUCAACUAGCAAAACCUGCGUUCAUCAAAGGUGCUGUCAUGUUGCAUCCUUCACUCGUCACUGUAGAUGAUAUUAAUGCUGUUGAAGUUCCAGUUGCAAUACUGGGAGCUGAGAUUGACCAACAUACCCCACCAGCCCUUGUGAAACAGUUUGAAGAGGUCCUAAACACUAAACCUGAGAUCGACCACCUUGUCAAGAUAUUUCCCAAUGUGGUUCAUGGGUGGACAAUGAGGUACAAUGUUGAAGAUGAAAAUGCAGUGAAAUCCGCAAACGAGGCCUACGCAGACAUGAUCGCAUGGUUCACCAAGCAUGUCAAGUAAAGUGAAGAACUUGUUUGACUACAAUAGAUUGCGUAAAUUUGGAAUGUAUACUCUACGUAUGGUGUCUAGCAGACUGCAAUUGCAUUACUAUACCGAGUCCUCUGCAUUGGAGGAGGAAUCUAUGGUUUGUUAUGGCUCAGAAUAGUUGGUAUGGUAGUGGACAGUGAUUAUUUUGAUGAUUGUUACUGUUAUAAUUGUAAACCGUGCAGAUUUAGGAAUGGCUGCAUAAAAUAAAGGGUUAAUUGUAAAUUAAUACACAAACUUUACCCUAAUUUGCAAUUACAACACGAACUUUAAAACUUGGCAAAUUGGUACACCGAUUUUCAUUUUUUGGCGAAUUGAUACACCGAACUGGAAAAACACUAACGUGGACAUUGUCAUAUACAGCCACGUGUUGUUGUAUGAUUGGUCGGUGUACUAAUAUGCCAAAAAAAUGAAAGUUGGUGUAUUAAUUUGCCAAGUUUCAAAGUUCGUGUUGUAAUUGCAAAUUAAGGUAAAGUUCGUGCAUUAUUUUGCAAUUAACCCUAAAAUAAAAGUAUGUGGAUAGUUUUCGUUUUGUGCCCUUGAGCAGAAAACAAAGGUUGAUUAUUGUGGAUGGCUUGGUUAAUUUAGCAUCUUUUAGUAUAUUCUCAGUUUGCUUGAA